AUGGGACAAGACAGUGUGUUUAUCGUGCCCUCUGAAGAUACGAGGGGGGUUGACAAUGAGACCUGGCUCAAUGUAGGCCCACCUGAGUUUUUGGAGGACCCGGACAACGAGGAAGCUCACUGGAUCACCGUGAUCAUUCCUGCAGAAAUGGAUGAUACCCAUACCGAUGAAGCUAUCAUGAACCAUGCUUAUCAGAUUAUUCGAAACCGACAAGCCGUUGUCAGCGAUGUGGCACAGCAUAACCUGGGAGUUAUCUGCAUCUCGAUUCCAGUCCCGGUUGAUGCUGUCACAGAUGCAAUGUGGAUUCGCGCCGAGGUCGAUGCGGGAAAGUGGCUCGAGGUGAUUCGUACUGGGAUGGUUACUCUGAAUCGGGAGGUGAUCUUUAAGCGUCCCAGGGGAUAUUGUGCCGUCGCAACCUAG